UGACAGGUAGCCCUGCUCGCUUCUGCUUAAUCUAGCCGUUUUGUUGCUUUUAAAUUACAUAGAUCUACAUGCUUACAUGAGACGUGGAAAUAAAAUAGGUUCUUUCUAUUGUGUUUUACUUAUUUUAUUUUUUUAAAGUGUUUAUGGAGCUUCAAAGUAAAUAGGAGAUCAUUUAGAACCUCAUUACCUCCCAUUGUUGUCUGCACACUCUACGCCUCUAUAAAUGACGUUAACAAACUGUGUGGCGUUGAGUGUCUUUCUUCUACUUGGACAGUUCAUUAAAGAUGUCCUGGGAAGUGACUACUGCUACACCUCGUCGGGAGUAUUAGAAUACUGCCAGUGGAGUUGCUGUGGCAACAGAGAUUCUCAAUAUUGCUGUAUGAGUCCUUACACCAUCGCUGGCAUUGUCUUUGGUGUUAUUGCUUUUAUCUGCACCAUAGUGGCCAUCGUCUUCUGCAUAUGCCAGUAUAAAAAACAAAAAAGUCAAGUGGUGGCGCAAAGAAUAUUUGUGGUCAAUGGUCACAACAGCCAGGCUACCGGAUACUCCCCAGCAUACCCCCUCUCUCCAGGAUACAGCCCACACUACGGCAUGUACAACGUGCCACCACCGUCUUACAACAGUUUCAACUCUCACUCCAAACAGCCUGUGGCGCCUCCACCCUACAACCACCCGGCCUCGACAGCGCCACUGCCACCUCCGCCAGCCUACUCUCCCCCACCCCAAAACCCGUUCGCCAAAGCGGCUGCCGAAGCAAAUGCCAGCAGACACUGAUUACAGUUUGUUGGGUUUGCGGGCCGAAAAACAUGGCUGUGCACACAGCAUGAAGUUGUUGGUUAUUGUUGAUACAUUGCAUCUAAGUCUCUGUGAUCUAAAUUUUGGUAACUAUGUGUGGGUUCUUUUGAUUAAAUAUUUUUCCAACGGCGAAAUGUUAGACUAAACACUAAAUGAUGGCUAAGAAAAGACAUGUUUAAAUUUGUAUUUUUUAAAUUGGACAGAUGUUAAAAAAAUAGCGAAGAAAACAGGAAAAGAAAAACUAAAAUUUGUUUACUAAUUUGUCUCAAGAUUUUCAAUUCCUGUUAUCUAAUUUUAAAUGUUUAAUUUUAAAAUUUAGUUUUCUAUGUUCAAUAAUAAAACAAAAUACCAUUGGAACAUAAUGAGGCAGAUCCGUUUCACAAAAUGAAUUAAAUCGAGCUGUAUAAUUAGAGAGUUAUCAACUAACUUACUACUCAAUUACUAUACCAUAAAAUAUAGCGUUGAAACGUUCAUUAAUAUAUAUAUAUAUAUAUAUACAUAUUUUUAAUGUGUUAUGCAAAUCUAGUUUUGUUAAGUUAAUUUUAUUCUUUUUUUCAUCUCAUGGUCUGUACUUUAACAAAUUUUUAAAAGUUCCUAAUAUUCACUUUACAUUUAUACAAUCCAUUCACUAUACGCUGGUAUAUAAUCACUAGUUAUAAAGAGAUUUGAUAGACUGCCGGCGGACAACAGCUUUGUCUGCAGGAGUUGCGAUAAAAUAUGCAGGUCGCAACUGGGUUUCCGCAGUCAUGUGAAACACUGCAGUCAUCCUUAAUCUUCGGAAUCGAAGACAUUGCCAUUAUUAUAAUAAUAUAUAUUAUAUAUCUACGAAUCAUUAUAUAUCACUAUUUAGCUCAGUCAAAUAAUUAAAUGCUUACAUAGUAAAUUGACCAAUUAGACCACCAUAUUAUGUUUUUCUAUUUCGCGAACAUUUGAAUCUCAUAUAUUUUGUUAUUUUUUUAUCACUCAGAAAAUAAGAGAUUUAUAAAGUAAGACGCGUAGGACGAAAUCAUCUUCAUUUUUGAAGUAACGUCUGUAUUUUAUAAGAUAAGAUAAGACAAAACAAUGGCAAGAGAAUAUCCACAUCUUAUACUUUUCUCUCUCUCUCUCUCUCUCUCUCUCUCUCAGUCUACAUCUAAAUGUUUAGAACUAUUUUAUUCUGUCAAAAGAAAAAAAAAUCAUUCUCAUGUCUUCCCUGGUCAAAUACUGUACAUAGAAUGACAACUUCCUAUUUAUACCUAAAACAUGAAGUGCAUUAGCGGGCUUAACUUUAAAGGCUGUCAGAAGAUGCUCCUCUUCUUUACAUCAUGGCCCAGUGUUUCCCAAACUGUGUUCUGUGAAGUCCUCACUAACUACUUCCACGAACUACUGGAAUUAAUGGGAAUUAAUCUCUAAAAAAUAAGCAACGCGUUCCGCUAAAUGUGCGAAGUGUUCCGCUAAAUGUGUCAAGUGUUCCGUUAAAGAAACAGUUUGGGAACAUAGAACUAUGAUGAUCUAAUAUUCUACCACAAAUAAAUGCUUGAUACGUUUACAGUAGUAUUCUUAAGCUUCUAGGAGCUAUAACUGUAUAGUAUGACAAAAUCAUUUUUCCCUUUUAAAAAAAAAAUUAAACAUUAAUUAAUUUUAUGUACACGUUUUGUUUUUGCUUGUUUUCCAAUCAAUUAAAAAGUAUAAAGCUUUUACAGUUUAAUGAAGUAUUUUUUUAGUAUUUUUUUGCAAGCGCACUUUAAAUAUUUUUACUGCUGAUAUUUGAACUUUCCAAAAUGAAUAUAGUGACAAUUUUAUCUUUGUGCACGGUAAGAGAAGAUCUCCCACACCAUGAGAAGAUUUUGUAUAAGUAGAUUCAGGGAAUAUUUCAUCUGAACUUUCAUGGUGGGAAGAUGUGAUACCAAGUUGUGGAAACCAGAAACAUGGAGAACUACAUGAUGACUUCAUUGUGGAAUUUAUAUUGUUAUAAUGUUAUGAAAAAUGUUAUGUUAUGAAGUGAUGGGGUCUUUCGAUGAUGCCUGUUACUACUUCUGAUUAGUUCUGACUGUAAAAAUGCUGAAUCAAUGACGAAAAAAAGAUGAUGUCAUGUUUUUUUAUAUGAAAUGUGUGGAAUGAAUUAAAUUAUUUUUUUUUCAGUUUUAUUC